GCCACACUGGUUUGACUGGAUGCACUUCAGCGGUCUGCCUUGUGUUGUUUGGGUCGUGACUCUCUGACUGCACCGAUUUGAAGAUGUUGUUGUCUUCCAUCAUCUGUUUUUUGGCUGUCAUUAUUCCAGCUGCCCACAGUGGGAAAGUCCUGGUGUUUCCAUAUGACGGCAGCCACUGGGUGAACAUGAGGGUACUUAUUGAGGAGCUGCACUCAAGGGGACACACUGUGACUGUCAUUCGGGCUGCAGACAGCUGGUACAUCAGCAAAACGUCUCCACAUUACGACACUUUCACAGUGGAUAUUGCCGGUGGUGGAAAUGAGGAUUUCUUUCGUCUCUUUGUCUCUGAAAUCAUUAAAAUUAAACGAAGCGGCAAGUCGGCGUGGGCCCGUUUUGCUUUAGACAUGGAGUUGAAAGACAAGUUCUUUGAAUUGCACAAGAAAAUCUGUGAAGUGGUCACGUUCUUAUUUGAAAAUAAAGUCUUAAUGAAAUCCUUUCAAGACGCCAAGUACGAUGUGGUUUUGACGGACCCUGCUAACGGAGGAGGGGUGAUGCUGGCUCACUAUCUUGGAUUGCCGUUAGUGUUUAACGCUCGAUGGACUGUUCACGGCGAAGCCCAUUUUGCUGUUGCACCCUCUCCGCUUUCCUACGUCCCACUUCCACCGUCAGAACUAACAGAUCAAAUGACCUUCUUUGAGAGGGUUCAAAAUGUUGUUUUUUACACCAUGAGGAUGCAUCUGUACAAGCAGAUAGUUGGGCCAAACUAUUCUCCGUUGACCAGUCGCUACUUUGGCCCGGAUGUUGAUUACUUCUCUCUGUUUCAAGCUGCAGACCUGUGGCUGAUGAGAGUGGACUUUGUGUUCGAGUUCCCUCGGCCCAUCAUGCCGAAUAUCAUCCACAUGGGAGGGUUCCAGUGUAAACCUGCGAAACCUCUUCCUGAACACCUGGAGGAGUUUGUGCAGAGUUCUGGAGAGCACGGAGUCAUCAUGAUGUCUCUGGGGACUUUGAUUGGAGAGCUUCCCCGUGACCUCGCUGACGAGAUCGCUGUAGCUUUUGCUAAAGUACCCCAGAAGGUCAUCUGGAGAUAUAAAGGUGACAGACCAGCCACUCUGGGCAACAACACUUUAAUAGUAGACUGGAUGCCACAGAAUGAUCUUUUAGGACAUCCCAAGAUGAAACUGUUUAUAAGUCACGGAGGAACAAAUGGGAUAUAUGAGGCCAUAUAUCACGGAGUUCCAAUUGUAGGCAUUCCCAUUGUGUUCGAUCAAGCCGACAACCUCUCCAGACUGAGAGCAAAGGGCGUCGCAAAGGUCAUAGACGUUUCUGAACUGGACAGGAACAUAUUUCAGAAUGCCAUACAGGAAGUCCUGAACGAGCCCUCCUACAGGAUGAACAUGCAGAGACUCUCCAGUCUGCACAGAGAUCAGCCAAUGAAGCCGCUGGACCGCGCCAUCUUCUGGAUCGAGUUUGUCAUGAGACACAAAGGUGCAGCUCACCUGAGGACAGAGUCCUACAGACUGCCCUGGUAUUCCUACCACUCUGUGGAUGUCAUACUGUUCUUACUAACAAUUGCGCUACUUGUGUUGUUGUUUUUUGUUGGGUUAGUAUGGUCAUGCUGUAGAUGCUUUAGAUUGUGUUUGAAAAGAAAAGUGAAAUCUGACUAACCAGGAAAGAUGGAAUGAUACUUUUUCACAUUUGUUAAUAUUUGCUUACACAAGAGUCAAUGUUUUACUUUUGAACUGUGCUGUGAGUUUACUGCAAGUCACUCAAAGUUUUCUAGAAAAAUGUGUACUGUAAAAAAUUGUACGUAACUACCAGUUUUGACUGACAACUUGCAAAAAGCAAAGCCUGUUUGGUUACUUUGUUUAAAGCAGAGUCAUUUUAAUUGCUCUGUAUAAAAAUCAGUUAAACAUUUACUUUGGUUCUAACCAAAUGGAAGUCUGAGAACUCAAAGCAAAUGCAAACUACCAUAAGAAAGUAGACUAACUUGAUGACAUGAGCCAAGAUGCACAUUUCAACUCUUCUAUACUAUGUUUUACUGUAUAUUACAUGAUGCUAAAAGCACACAGUUAAAGGAAGGAGCCUGAAAAAUAAAAAAAAAGACUCACAUUGUCAGUAAUUUACAGAAAAUGUGCAUUGUAAAACUGGAGAAAUAUUAUUCCCUUGUAUUUCUUUUUUUCCCCCAACCAGCAUAGGUUUGCAAUAGAUGAUGUAUUUAAGAAAAACUGAUCUAAAUGAGGAUUUGUUGAUACCUGUACCAGCCAGCAGGUGAUGCUGUUCAGCCAUUUAUAGCAUUCCCAAUGACAUAAAAAAAUACCAGCUAUUUUAAAAUGUGGCAUUUUUCAGAAGACAAAAGAACACACACCUGAGCUUUGUAGGCCACAUAACAACAUUAGUUGGUCACAACAUCCAGGCAUGUUGCUGUAGAUGUUUAUAGGGGACUGAAUUAUGGACUAUUAUUAUUAUGGCAAUAAAUAAACAAUUUAAACUGAAA